AUGAAAAAAAAUAUACGAAACCCCUUAUUAAGUCCCUCUACUUUUCUAUCGAACGCUCCAAUUGUAGUUAUCGAUACUUCAAAACAGAACGAUUCGGCUACAGCAUCAUCAGUAGAUGUGCAAUUGGAAAUUGAAGCAUCGGAAUCUCUUACAGGUGUAACUGCUUAUUGUUUAUUAAUUCAUGAUCGCAUUGUUGAAUAUGUACCUUUUACUAGAGAAGGACUGGCCCCAUUUUACAUGUCCAAGGUGUCGAAGAUAGUUUUUGGUUUAAUAGACAAGUCCAGUUUCUCCAAAGGGUUGGGCGGGGUGUCGGUAAUUACUGGUCGGCUUGCUCCAGAUGCACACAGGACUCAUUUUUCUGGGAAAUUAUGCGUGCCCAAAAAUAUCAUAAAUCUUGACAAAAUAUUUCCAAUUAAAAAUCACGAUGAAUUACACUCAUUGGAAACCAAAAUUAAGACUGAUGAAAUCUUUAGAAAUACAUUGGUAACUCAGUUAUCGGUGCUAAUAGAUGUUAAUGAUCUUGGAAAUAGUGUUCGAAGAAUUGUUUCAAGAAUGUUAAAUUAUGUUUUACUCUCCAACUAUUCGUUACAUGGAUUUAAAUCAAAGCUAUGUUUUUCAGGCUUAUAUACCUAUCGAGUUAUUAUAGAUGCUAUACGAGUUAACGUGAAGUUCAGUGUUGUUCCUGAAAAAGAAAUAGAUAAUUCAUUAAGAAUUUGGAUAUCCCAUGCUCCCUUCCGUAUCAAAAAGGUAUCACAAAAACAAGAAAAAUUCUCGAAAAGCCUUUUAUAA